AUGGGAGACGAUGAUUGGCCGUCACAACGAUUUCGGGAUCAUGUUAUCAGUCGUUUGGAACCCGAAUUAGCUAGAAACCGACAAAAUGCUCCAAAUUUACCAGUUCCCGGUGAUGCAAGACAGGUAGAAGAAUAUGUUUUCAACAAAUGUGUUAGCAAAGACGAAUACAUGCGUACGAUUGCUAAAGUUAUCAAUGCAAUCAACUGCAAUUCAAAAGCUGCAGCGGUGCCAUCUUUUCUCCAAACAUCACAUAUGCCUUCGACGACGCAAAACUAUCAGACAGUCCCCGGUUCCAGUAUACCUCCAGAUCCACAACCGACACAUCAGCAACAGCAGAGGAUUAUGGAAAGAUACCACGCUCCAUUACUUGGUCAACCACCACCAAUGAUCCACUCGCAGCAGUCAUCUCCAGGUGCAGUAUCAGUUUCUAAUGGUAGUAUGCUACCAGCACAAUCUGUUAUGCAACCAUCACCUGUUGCACAGUCAGGAGUUUCUCAGCAAUCACCUUACAAUAUGCUUUCUCCAGUUCCUUCUGUUCCUGGGCCACAAAGUAGCUCUCCGAGUCAUCAAAUGUAUAAUCAUGUAAAAAGUGAACCGAAAGGAAGCAAUGGUAUGCCUGGCACUGCCGAAGUUCCUCUAUCAGAUGCGAUGCCUCUGAACAUGUGGAAACGAGAAGCUUUUCCUUCUAAUAGCUAUUAUCUGGCGGGUACGUGUGGUGUUGUAAGUUCUGGUCAAUAUGUUGAACGCACCCAUUUAUCGGCUCCAUUUGGUACAUCUGUACCUUGUUCUCAAAAUCGAAAAGCCUCGCCACAACAACAACAGCCGUCAGUUUUAGAAAAUCUUAUCAAUUCUCCACAUUAUGGGUCACCGACUUUGUCGCCAGGGCAUUUAAAUGGUUCGGGUAAUCAAAACGUUGCUGAUGCACCAUCUGGAAAUGCAGUGCAGCCUAAUGAAGAGCGUUUAUAUACAGAAAAAUUACGAUCGUUAAGACCAUAUGCCGAAACUUUACGUGCUCGUGCACAACAGUGCUUAUUGGAAGGUAAUGAAGUCGUAGCAAGUAAAUUUGAUACAAUGUGCAACGUUCUUGAUGGGAAAUCACGGGUAUCAUAUGAAUAUCUUUUACAAAUAGAAGCAUGGAUCUACAAAAAACAAGAAUUUUUGCAGUUAUCGUUAAAUGUUGGACCAUCACAACCACAGCCGUUGGUUGAUGCUGUAAAUGCGGUAUUAUUAAAUACUGAAACACAAGCUGGCUACACAGAUCGUAUCCAAACGAAUACAGCAGUCCCGUCCGUAACUCAUUGGCCUUUGUCAGCUAGUCAGCCGCCACAACAUCAACAAACUUCGCAAAUAUUGCCCUCAAUGGUACCAUCUGUAGUAUCAAUUAGUUCGCUACAAGACACGAUGAUGCAAUCAUCAGUGCCUUUGCAAUCUACUUGUCAACAGCUAGCGCGGCAUUCGAUGGAGCACACUUAUCAGCGACAUGCACCUUAUCCUAAUCCAAAUGCUGCAGUAAGGUCUAGUUCACAGAUGCAGUCAAUCAUGCUGCAUCGUGGAUCAGUCAAAGUGCAACAAGCGAGAACACCAGCUGCUAGUUUGUCAAGCUUCUCAGAGUCAAGUCGUAUACCUACGAUUGAUUGCAGCGCAGUAGAUGAUCUUUAUGUAAUGGAUGAUUUCUUGCCAACUCCCAUUGAAGCAGUCACAAAUAGCACGUUGCCACAGAUGGAGAGCCAAUUACCGGAGGUGGUAUACCAGGAACUACUAGCUUUGGGAGAUCGUUUUGUAGCUGAUUCAAGUAUUGAAGAAAUACCGGACUCACAUUCUUUUAUCGUUAAAUUUACUUUAACCUCACACAAUGUGCCACCGUUACGACUAAUUAUUCCAAAGGCAUAUCCAAAUGGUGAAGUUCUAGUUGGCCGUGGUGCAUUGGAUUUAGUUAUUUCUCCAGAUUCGUUUUUCUUCGAUGACUUACAAAAUGUAGUACAUGAACGUCUGGCUCGUCCUGGUUUACGAACGGUGACUGAUUUUCUUGAAGUUUGGGAAUCAACGGUACGUGGUUACUAUAUGGGACAGCACCAACAGUCAUUAUUACCUAAUUCAUUUGAUGACAUCUUACAAAGUACGAAUUUCGGGGAUUUUCUGUCGUGA